AUGACCAUCGACAUGAGCAUCAAUGCCUGGCAGCGGCAGCAUGUGGUCAAGCAGAACGGAGAAUGGACUGUAGACGGCCGUCCAAUAGUGUCGAUUAAGAUCACUCAGCGUCGCAACCCACUCAACAUGCCGAACCUGACCUGGCUGACCCUUGUCAUAACUGCACCGGGUGGCGCCGCCACGCCACCGCACACCCACAACGGUGCCUCAAUCAUCGCCACCAUCAUCAAAGGGAAAAUGCUCAAUCAAAUGGUCCACGACGGAAGGUACGGACACAGUGAGGGGCCGAAGAUCUACGAACAAGGCGAGUCAUGGUACGAAGCGCCGGGAUGCCAUCAUGUGAGGUCAGAGAACGUGGGCGAGGACGGGGCGGAGGCGGUGUUUGUGGCGAGCUUAGUCAUUGAGGGUGAGAAAGUGGACGGGGCGGAUGGGGACGAGGAGUUGUUGCAGAGGGUGUUCUUGCUGGAUGCUGAUGCAUAG